CCUGUAUUGGGCUGGUUUUCCCUUCGCGGGUUGGAAGGUCAGACAGGCAGUCGCUUCUGUAAAAAUCCGGACCUGUCAAAUCUUCAGGUUAGGUAAGCGGACCCUGUGAAAAAUAGGAUAAUGCUAGGGAGAUGAUGAUGUUUUUUUUUUAAUAUGGUUAAAAAUAAAAUAAAACUAUCAAGACUGUUAUAGUGUCUCAAUCAAUUCUCGACAUUAUAAGUGGCAGAGGCCUCAGACUGCCCUGGUUAUAGAAUAUUCUGCUGGUGGACGUAAUGGAGCCUUUGUUCCUAGUACUUGUGAUGAUGCUGAUAUCCACACACGCCGACCCACUGUCAUCCAAUGUACCCAAGCUAACGUUAGACGAUAUAAUAGUGCACCCUAUGUUACCACCACUGAAAAUACAAAAACGUGAAACUUCAACGUCAGGGUCCGUGGCGAAAUACGAUGGAGAUUUCGCCAAGUUUAUUGAGGAAAAGUUAGUACAGCAUACCCGAGCACUCGAGCACUUGGUGAACGUGGUGCAGUCCAACGAAGAUCUGACCAAGCGAUUGAUCGACAACUUAGGUCACUACGCCUCCACUCCCAAAAUGCCCGAGAAAAUUGAAGUGCAGCGUGUAGCUAGUAGCGACAAGGUUGAUGACAACGACCAUCCAAUUGUGAGAGCUGGCAAGAACACCCCACUGUACGGAAACUUGUUUAAAGAUCUGAUCGUGGGUCAAGCGCACAAGAACUCGGAUCCCAUUCCUUUUGUAGAAAAGUCUCCCCCACCUAUGCCAACCCGAGUCGACAAGCCAUCACAAAAGCCACCGAAGUCGUCGCGGCGGUUAAUGCCGGUGCCGAUAACGAAUGAUCCCGAAGACGACAAGAUUAGUCGCUGGUGUCCAGUUGCGAUGCUCUGCCGUAGGACCAGGGAGCCCAUUUGCGGUUUUGACGAUAGAUUUGGAUACGGGAAAUUUGAAGACAUCUGCCACAUGCUUCAAGUCAAUUGCUAUUGGAAAUACAAUUUCGCCAUAGUUCCCACAUGUCACCCAACAUAUUUGUCUUAAUGUAGUUGCGAGAUGUAUCAUGUACCAGGUUACUAAAUACAAAUAAUACAUUACCAUC